GUAAGGAGCAGGCCAGGGGAAAUUGAACCCAGACUUUUGGACUCACUUUCCUCAUUAUCUUCCCCUCCUUGAGAAGCUUGGGAGGGCAAACUGUAGAAAGGGGGAUAAUGCUCUUGGGGUCCGGGUGGAUCGUGCAGGUGAGGUCCCCUCCUCCGGCGCCCUAGGCUCACCUUCUGAGUGCGAAGUCCGGCCAGCUGCAAUUUCUCCCAGGGGCCUUAAGAGGGGAAUGCUGAGCUCCUGCGUCUUCUCUCUGUCGCUUCCUGUCAUGCCAGGCUGGAGGAAGUGGGAGGUGGGGCCGGAGUGCUAGAGCCGCCCCUCAGCUGCCGCGAGCCAGGCCGGCCGGCAGUGGACAGCGACCGGCUCGGGAGCUGCAUCCCCACAGGUCCCACCAGCGCCUCUGAAGAUGGUGAGGAUCUUAGCCAAUGGGGACAUUGUACAAGACGAUGACCCUCGAGCCAGGGCCAACACGCCCUUUCGGAACAUUACAUCUCGGCAGAACUUUUUCACCAGAGGAGAAGGCCAAGCUCAUGGGGGCCCUGCCCCAAACAUCCAUCACCUGGGGCCCAGGCCGGGUGCCCAUCGCUCCCCAUUCUCUGAUAUCAACCAGCAGCUGGUGAACCUGGGCUUCCCCCUGUGGCACCUGGGGGACCAGGUGGUGGAGCCGGUGAUGUCCAUUCUUCUUCUGUUCUUGGUCAUGAUGCUGGGAGUUCGGGGGCUCCUGCUGGUGGGCCUUGUCUACAUGGUGUCCCAGCUAAGCCUUCGAUGACCCUGGGGAGGGGAGGGCCAGGGAGGGAAGGGGGGAGCUCCUGGAAGAGGUGUGUGUGUGUGUGUGUGUGUGAGUGUGUGUGUGAGUGAUGUGCUUGAAUAAGUGAAUGAGGGUGACUAGCUGGGAGUGAGGGAUGGCCUCUUACCUUUUGGGAAAAGGGCCCUGAGGAAACCAGGAAGUGUCCACUGCUGUCUCCUGGCUCUGCUUGGCAUCUCUCAGGGGAGGCCUUGCCAUAAGUGGAGACUUUCAGCUUCUAAGGACCCUGUCCCCCUUUUUGUCCAUGUUAGAGGAGAUCAAAAGGUUCUCUCUUAGUUCCUCCUGGAGACUUGACUGAGGCUCCCAAGGAGGGAGGCUGGGAGCUGGGUCUGGAGCCAGUUCUUCACACCCUUCUUGUCUAGCCUUCUUUCCAGCCCUGGGGGUGGGGGUGGGGGGAAUUUCCCCUUUUUCCCUUCUGUCUUCAGCAAUUUCAAGCAGGAGACCCAGCCCACAGUUAGGUCACUCACCAGUGUGAGACCCUGGAUGCGGCACAAGUUCUCCCCAAACUAGACAAAGUUCUUGGAGCUGAUUUUUUCACUCAGACAGGGAAAGGGGUGAGGGGCCCUGCUUCCUGGGGUUGGAAAUGGGGAGGGGCCGAUUCCUAGGGCCAUUUUACCCUCCCCUCUCUGAUGCAGACCCAUAGAACUUUAUAACUCAUUGAAUCUGAAAGGGAGAAGGCUCUUCUCCUGGUAACCCGCUAGGUUUAGUGUACAACAGAAUGAAACCUAUCUGGGAGUUGGGGGUCGUGUCUGUGUGCAUUGUGAGGAGGGGAGGGAGGAUGGCAGGUCUACACUGAAGGUGGCAGUCACUGCCUUGGGACCAAAUGACCCCCUCUUUAAAGGCCUUUUUCUAAGUUUUUUUGGGGGAGGGACAAUGGCAGGUCUAAAAGAGCAGGUCGGGCUAGGUGUUGGGGACCAAACAACUCUGGUACCAGUGUGUGUGAAUGGUUGCAAACCCAACCCUUCUGGGUGAGCCUCAUGGCCAGGGGCUUCACUGGGGCUUGUUCCCAACCUCAGCCCUAGGAUGGGAAGUCUGGACCUGCUGGGGGAGGGGCAGACCGUGGGAGACCCCAGUGACUGGGGUGGAUCAUUGACAUUCCUGGGGUGCUGGUGGGGCUCUCUGUCCAAACAUGACUCCAUU